AGACAAACACUUCCGUUAUACAACAUUGAUUCUAUUUUUCGCUCCAUAAUGGCAAUAAAACAAUAAAAAUAAACGAAUUUUUUUCACUCAAUAAAUUAAAUAACAUUUUACAAGGGUGAUUGGAUUCUUCGACAUGCGUGAGCCGGUGUAUUUUGUUCGUGAUGUGGAUUUCCUUCGUCAGAUAGCGAUUAAAUACUUCGACCAUUUCGAAGAUCGAAGUUUGUUUGUUGAAGCCAAAUCAGAUACAUUGCUUGGAAAUAGUUUGCUUUUACUCACCGGAAAAAAGUGGCAUGACAUGCGAUCCACGUUGUCGCCAUCGUUUACCAGUAGUAAAAUGCGUCAAAUGUUCGAAUUGGUUGUUGAGUGUGCAGACGACAUGGCGAAAUAUUUCAUCGAAGAAUCAAAGCAAAACAAACCGAUUCGAUGGGAAAUGAAAGGACUCUUUACACGCUAUACAAUUGAUAUCAUUGCAUCGUGCGCAUUCGGAUUGAAAGUUGAUUCGCUCAGGAAUCCUAACAAUGAGUUCUUUACAAUUGGACGUGGAAUAGUUGGUUCCAGGGGUAAAAUAAUGAAUGCGCUGCGAUUAUUGCUGAUUCGAGCGUUUCCUGAUCUAAUGCGUGCACUGAAUGUUGAGCUAUUCCGCAGUGAUAUCAAACAAUUUUUCAAAUCGAUGGUUUUAGAUACAAUGGAAGAGCGAGAAGUGAAAAACAUUGAACGACCCGAUAUGAUCAACAUUAUGAUGCAAGUUCGUAGUGGAAAGCUCAAGCACGAUCAUGAUGAAUCGAAUGACAACGAUACUGGUUUCGCUACAGUUGAAGAGUCGAAUAUUGGAAAGCACCAAGUCAAUCGCACUUACACGGAUGACGAAAUCAUUGCUCAGUGUUUUGUGUUCUUUUUAGCGGGAUUUGAUACUAUUUCCACAUCUUUAUCGUUUUUAUCGUAUGAGUUGGCGCUCAACCAAGACAUCCAACAAAAAUUAUACGAAGAAAUCCGUGAAGUUAAUGAAAGUCUCAAUGGCGGUCGAUUGACCUAUGACACACUACCGAAGAUGAAGUACUUUGAUCAAGUGAUAUCUGAGGCACUACGCAAAUGGCCUCCGGCAUUGGUGACCGAACGGAAAUGUACCAAAGACUUCGAAUUUGAAUUGGAUGGUAGAAAAAUCUUGAUCGAACGUGGCCGAGAAGUUCGCUUUCCAAUCUAUUCGAUUCAUCACGAUCCGGAGAUUUAUGAAAAUCCAGAACAGUUUGAUCCGGAAAGAUUCAGCGAUGAAAAUAAGCACAAGAUCAAACCUGGCUCGUAUAUACCAUUCGGAAUCGGCCCGCGUAGCUGUGUCGGUUCACGGUUCGCUCUGAUGGAAAUAAAGGCUUUGCUAUUCUAUUUGCUGUUAAACUUCAACAUUCAACCGUACGAGAAAACCGAAAUUCCUCUAAAAAUAGUCAAUUCAUCAAUCAAUUGGAACAUCGGAAACGUGAUUCAUUUGGAAUUCAAGCCGAGAGCAUAAAUUGAUACGAUGAAUUUUCAAUGGAUUUUUAAUAUGAA